AUAUCUGCGGAUUGAAGGCAGCUUUGGCGGGCGGCCUCCUCAAUCACGAGGGCGGAAGUUGGAGCCCUGUCUCCACAAUGGCAUCAUGAUGGCAAUUUGGCAUGCCAAUGGCAAGCUGGGCAAGGCUUGUACGUUGUACAUCUCCUGUGCUCAAGAGAUCCUGUAGGGAGCCUACUGAAUUGGUGUUGCAAGUUGCCCUAUGAGCCGCGUGAGUUGGCUCGUAUGUCUGACAUUACCUUGGUGUAGUAAUCUUGACUGUCUUUGAGGAGAAGGGUGCCUGCAAUUGCAAUCAGCUUUCAAAGAUGGCCACGUUGGGGUUGAGGCGGCAAAGGCCAUCCGUAUUCGUCCACUUUCACAACUGGUCUGAGGACACAGGGAAUGGCAGGCGGACAUCUGGACUGCAGCUCGUCCUGUUCCCGGAGGAUCUCAAGCGCCCUCCUUCCGGGCCCUACAUAACGCACAAGAAUGCGCCGAGGCUUCUGACCUCGUGACUGGCAAUGCGAUUCCGGCGAUGCAGGGUUUUCAGUGUGGAUUGUGUGAGGCGCUCAUGGAGGAGCCUGCCACCCUGGGGUGCCAGCACAGCUUCUGCCGGAGCUGCAUCCUUGGCAGACUGGGUGUGCGAGGCCAAUCUGACUGCCCUGCAGAAGGCUGUGGGAAGAAGUACUACAGACAUACCCUGAAUGAGCCCAGCCCCGUCCAACAGGAAAUCGACGUGCUUCUCCGGCGUUGCAUCCAGGGUGUCAGCUGGGACUGCUCCAGGCGCUGCUACAAGCACGUGCAAGGCCAGUGCUCCUAUGUCGGAAGCAAGCAGGCUGUGGCGAGUCAUCAGAGGGAGUGCCCCCUGCGCCCAGUUGGACUGGCCCUGAUGGAGGGGGGGGAGCAGAUAGCAGUUCCCUACAAGGAUCUGCCUGCCGUGGUCCGUGAGCGACUGCCGGAGCGAGCUGACCAGAGAACCGGCGACUCCAUCAACGCCGGCGCCACCUUCGUUCAGAAUCGGAGGGUUUCUGCGGGGACUCCUGCUCGGCGCAAGAUGACGUCUGGAAGAGUCCCUCGGCAAGUCAGCGAAGCAUCCGUUGGGAACAGAGACGCUGCGCUCCAGCAGCGAGCCACACGCGAGAUUUAUCCUCAAGCUCCAUGCAGUGGGGCACAAGUCGUUGCAAAACGGGUUCAGAUAGUUGACAACCAGGGGCGUCACCUGCAGCAUGAAGGGCUUGCGAGACAGGGAGAGAAGGAGAAGAUUGAGAAGCCGGAGUCAGAUAAGCGGGAAUUGAAGCGACUCUGGGAGCGCGAAGCCAAAUCGUCGAAGCGUCUGGAGGUGGAGUUGCAGCAGGCGGCUACUCAGCAUGCUGCGGCGCUGGCAAAAGGCGCGAGGGUGCACAAACAGAAGGAGCGGGCCUGGGCUUCGGAGAAGGUGGAGCUUCUGGUCAGGUUGGAGACGCAGGCCGACAAGCUGUCCUCGGUUGAGGAGCGGUUCCGGCAAGGACGGCUAGAGUCACCCCUUGCAAACGAGGGGCGCCGUUUGGAAGAAGCAGUGGCAGGAUGGGAAAAGAAGUACUGGGAUCGUCGGAACGAGUGGAAGGCUGAGAAAGAAGGGCUGGAGACCGAGCUUGCAGAUGCCAGGGCGGAUGCCGAGAGCAAUCGCAAAGAUGCAGAGAGGGCGCAGAAGGAGCUGGAGCGUGUGCGCAGAGUGUUGCAGCAGGAACGCAGAGAUCUGGAGCGGGUGCGCAGAGUUUUGGAGAGGGCAGAGAAGGAUGAAGAGCGUCUUUGUGGUGUUUUAAAACGUGAGCGCAGAGACCUUGAGCGUGUGCGCGGAGAAAGGACGGAGCUGCGAUUGAAGCAGACCGAGACGUCCCUGGGUGUAGGGCAACUAGAGAGGGACCUUAACGACAAGAUCGCGCUGGUCAGGGAGCGCGAUGAGAAGAUUGUUCAGCUGAAGGCGGCGCUGAGCAACGAGACUACGCUGGUCGAGCAGCGCGGCGAGGAAGUUGCUCAGCUCAAGGCGGCGCUUCGGGGCAAGGAGAGGGAGCGGGACAGCCUCCGGGGCACGCUGGGAAAGGCGAAAGAGCUGUGUGAGCGGGUUGACAUGUUGGAGGCGGGGCUGGAGAGGGGACAGUGCGCGCAAGGCGACGCCUGGUUCUGCGUUGUGGAGGAAGCGAAGGGGCUGUUCAGCAACGGCCCUGAAGCAGGAGACGAAGACCUGCGCCGCAAGCGGCGCAGGCACUGACACGGCUACUGGGACAAGGGGCGAGG